CUUUCGACCAUCCUCCCAGGUGCCAUCCUCUCGUUCUAUAAUCCUUGCCCCUUACGAAGCCGGUCUUCAACAGAGAGCGUUGCUUCUGCCUGUACCACUGAUAUAAUCACUACGGCCGCGACCGCGCCCGCGACAAUGCGCCUCAGCCCAGUAUCCGUCCUCUUAUCCCUUCCCGCCCUCAUCUACUCCUUCGUGAUCUUUCCGGAAGCCGAGGUCUUUCAGAUUCCAAAUGAGAGACACACUGGCACUCUCGCGCCGAAGGUCGCAAUCACUCCCGAAAACAUCCCAGAAACCAUCUCGGAACCACUCGUCGAGAUCACAAGACUGUCCCCCAAAUAUACCAGACUGGCCAAGCAAGCACUUGAUGCUCCCGACGAUAAUCCCCUCCCUGUGGUGAUCUGGCAUGGUCUGGGCGACUCGGCCGAUGCAAAAGGAUUGAAAGAGAUUGCAAGCCUGGUUGACGAAAUCCAUCCUGGUACAUACACAUAUCUCAUCUCCGCAGUUGGCGCAGCCGGUUCUGCGGACAGACAAGCGUCGUUCUUCGGCAACGUCACCCAGCAACUUGACUACGUCUGUCAUGCGCUUGCAAAAGACAACAUCCUCAGGACAGCACCGGCCAUUGACGCCAUUGGGUUCAGCCAAGGUGGGCAGUUCUUGCGUGGCUACGUCGAACGAUGUGGCAGCUGGGCACCCAAGGUUCGGUCACUGGUCACUUUCGGCAGCCAGCAUAACGGCAUCGUGGAGUUUCAGAAGUGUGCCAGCACCACCGACUGGAUCUGUCAGGGCGCCAAUGCUCUGUUGAAGAGUAGCACAGUGUGGUCGGAUUUCGUGCAGUCCCGGCUCGUGCCUGCGCAGUAUUACAGGGACACGAACGACUACGAGAAUUACCUCGAGCAUUCGAAUUUCCUGGCGGAUAUCAACAAUGAGCGGAAGGAGAAGAAUGCCACGUAUGCAAAGAACUUGGCGGCUUUGGAGAAGUUUGUCAUGGUCGUGUUUGACGAGGACAAAACGGUCAUCCCCAAGGAGAGCGGGUGGUUCGCGGAGGUCAAUGUGACCAGUAAUUCGGUGACCAAGCUCAGGGACAGGCCGAUUUACCAGGAAGACUGGAUUGGCCUGAAGAAGCUGGACGAGAAGGGCGGGUUGGACUUUUUGGGUGUGCACGGGGAGCAUAUGCAUUUGCUGGAUAGCGAUUUGAAGGCUCUGUUUGAAAAGUACUUUGGUCCUGCCGGCAAGAAGUUUGUGCCUCAACAAUGGAAGCUGGAGUUGUAGCGGGUUGUUCUUGUGCAGGCCAUAAUAGGUAGACGGUGAACUGUCGAGGUUACUAGUAUCAUGACAAUCCCGCGGCGUUGAGAGCGGAUGUCUGGUGUUUUCUAGAUUUACUUAUGUCUUUUCGCUCAAGGAGAUAUCGUCCUCGUCCU